UAUUGGAUAGAGCAGCUCUCCCAUCCAUCCACACAAACACACACACACACACAAACCAACCACACAGUGCGAGCAUCCCAGCACACUUCCCAGGAGGACGGGCUGCUGUUCCCGCGUGCACUCGCUGCGGGGCCGCGGAAUGGGGAUUAUUUAACUCGCGCGAAUUAAAAGGGAACUCCGCGUGCUGCUGCUGAGUUCGCCUGUGUGCGCGCGCUGCUGCAUUUACUCUGAAAUGUUGCUAGCGCCGCCGCUGUGUCUGGAUUGGGACAGGUAGAGGCUCGGUCCGUACAGUCCGUACUAUUCGUACAGUUCGUAGUCAUGAGAAGGAGCGCAGAGUGGAGUCCAGACUGGGAGACAGCUGCUGUGAAGGGGUUUGAAAGAUGACUCAAACUGUCCUUAUAUCAGAAAAAAACGGAUUUUUCACGCUGUGUGUGAACGGAGAAUCCUAGCUAACGUUACUUUUUUUUCAGCUGAACGGGAGCGUGCAGUUCGCUGUAAUUAACAGCAACUGUGUGAGGAUUUAGGACUUUGGGACUUGUUUGACUGUUCUAACGUGUUGUUUUUAUUUUUGGAGAAUAAAUGUCUGAACUGAUUUGAGUACAGCAGCACCAUCCAGCCGGAGAACUCAUUCAUCACUUACGAAGUGCAGGAAGCGUGCUGCUGUGGAGAGGACCAUGUUGAUGAAGGAGUACAGGAUAUGUAUGCCACUCACAGUGGAGGAGUACAGGAUUGGUCAGCUGUAUAUGAUCAGCAAGCACAGCCAUGAGCAGAGUGAGCGAGGUGAAGGAGUGGAGGUGGUGCAGAAUGAGCCUUUUGAGGAUCCCACCCACGGGUCUGGCCAGUUCACUGAGAAACGGGUCUAUCUCAACAGCAAGCUGCCCAGCUGGGCACGAGCCGUGGUUCCCAAGAUCUUCUAUGUGACAGAAAAGGCCUGGAACUAUUAUCCUUACACCAUCACUGAGUACACGUGCUCUUUCUUGCCAAAGUUCUCCAUCCACAUAGAGACAAAGUAUGAGGACAACAAUGGUAGCAAUGACAAUAUCUUUGAUGGGGAACCGAGAGACGAGGACACCGAAAUGUGUUUCAUCGACAUUGCGUAUGAUGAGAUCCCCGAGCGCUACUACAAAGAGUCAGAGGACCUGCGCUACUUUAAGUCGGAGAAAACAGCACGAGGCUUGCUGCAGGAGGGCUGGAGGGACACGCAGGACCCAAUCAUGUGCUCUUAUAAGCUGGUGACUGUGAAGUUCGAGGUGUGGGGGCUGCAGACGCGCGUGGAGCAGUUCGUCCACAAGGUGAUAAGGGACGUCCUGUCUCUGGGACACAGACAGGCCUUCGCCUGGGUGGACGAGUGGAUUGAUAUGACCAUGGAGGAAGUGAGAGAGUACGAACGUGCCACUCAGGAGGCCACCAAUAAAAAGCUGGGCACUUUCCCCCCGGCCAUCUCCAUCAGCGAGACGCCUCUCCCGGGCUGCGGCCGCAGCGGGCCUUCCAGCGCCCCGUCCACCCCGCUGUCCACCGAGGCUCCGGACUUUCUCCCUGUGCCCAAAGACAGACCCCGAAAGAAAUCAGCCCCGGAGACCCUCACGCUGCCGGACACAUCCAGGAGGAACUCCGGCUACAGGCUGCCCAGCCUCUUCUCCUGGGGUUCCAGUUCUGCCCAGCCUGAAUGAGCCCAACGAAAGAUCCCAACAGGCCCAAGAUCACAGAUACAGGAAUGUGUCCAGUAGACACAAAAAACACGGCGAGCCAUUCAGUCUCUGCUCUGAGAGGGAGGUUAUAGAUGCUUACAAGCACUCACAAAAGAAACAAUGACUUUCUAACCCUUCCAACCUCCGACUGUACACAGGAACUCCAAGCCAAGACCGAGACCACCAGUCCUACAGUCGGCCCAAAGAGCACACCACCUUUCCAAGCCAAAAGCGUCCCAGUCCACAGUUCUCAGUUCUUGCACUCAGGAGUUGUUGCAUUGACUCAAAGAUCAGGUUUUGAAAUCGGUAGAGUUUCCUAGCUUCUGUAGUUCAGACUGUUUAAAAGUGUCUCAGACCAAGUUUUCCAUUGCUGUUCUGAGGAAAACUUGUAUAUCUCUGAUACUCCAACACUACUAUAACACAUUCUCAACUCGCGUUAAUGUAUCACUACCUUUUCUCCAAGCAACUCUGGAAUAUUUCUAAUGAGAUUUUCACUUAGUGUAAAAAAAAACACAAAAAACCAGACACCGCUGGGAUUCUCAUAAUAAAACUAAAAUUUAGGAAGAUUGAAGUGAUGCAGAUUUGAAUUGAUGAUAAUGAUUUCUUUUUACUGGAACACAAUCUGUUCUCCUUGUAAAGUGAAUUUCAGAAAAGGAUGGACCAGUUUCCAGUGCUUUGUUUCACUGUUCUUGUGUUAAGACCUAGUUGUGUUUUUUCAGUUUUUUUCUGUUUUGGCUGAAAUAGGCCUGAGAAUCCUAGGAACCCUCAUUAUCGACCUCAUGGAACAAUUCUGAGAAAAUCUUGUACUUUUUAUCCUAGCAGCUCUGAAAUAUUUCUAUUGGAAUGUUCAUUGUGUGAUGAUAAAAGAAACAGAACUGAAAAUAUAAGUUGAUAUGAAAAAUUUGAGGUUUUCAGUUGACUAUUGAUUUACUUGUACUGGAACACAAUUGCUCCACUUCUAUAAAUUUCCUACAAGGACGUUUUUCAGUGUUCCUGAAGUUUGAGAAGUGUUUUGUUUUACUGUUCAAGUGUUCUUGAUGUGGUCUUCUGUUUAAUUUUUGUUUUUUCGUUGAAUAAGUCUCAAAAUCAUCAGAAACAUCCGACAUUACCGACCCACUUUAUGGGUGGAUUACGUCUGCUGUGUUCAGGGUCUUACUGAACAUAUGGUUCUAGUAGCUGUAGGACAGUUUAUACUAAUAAUGUAUAGCUUCCUUACACCUCACAUAUAUGUUUCUGGCUUUGACUAGUUGCUCUCCAGAUCUGAAGACUCUUAAUCCUGCUUAUAGUGUCUCAGUCUAUUGCUGGAAUUAUGGACUGCCAUGCUUCUGUCUGUAUGUGUACAGUUACAACCCUACAGUUUCCAUCAUGAUCAUUUGUUGAUUUAAGUAGUAUUCUACCAUUUGACUGAUUGUACUGGCUAUAUUUUCUAUGAUAUUUCCAUGGUUCGCUGGCAUGUGAUGCAUUGCAGUGUAUGAAUAGUACGCAGAUUUCUCAAGGAAUGCCUUUAAGGAUCUCUGGAUUGCUGUAUAAAAUGUAAUAGAAGUGCUUGCUGCUGGACGAUGUUGUACUUUGUAAAUGAAAAGGCUCUUUAUUAUUCUUGCUAGCUCACACCUGCCUGUUCUUUCCUAAUACGGUUCCACUCCUUUCUGUGGGACACAAUCAUCAAGCUGAUCAGAUAAAGAAAUCAUGUUUCCUGAUGUUGACCAUUCGCCAUUGUAAAAAUAAUAAAGCUAUUUCUCUCUGC